UGACAGCGAAAACCGAAACAGGAAGUAUUCAUGUGGCCAGCUGGUGGUAAUUGUAGUUGAAUAAGCCGAGCUCACCGUGGCAGUGUAAGAAGACGGACGUGGGGAGAGGGAGAGAGACCUAUUUGCGGUAGAACUGUUUUCGUUUAAAACUAUUUAUGCAACAAAGCGAAGAAUAGCCUAUAUUGACAGUAUCGGAAUAUAGUGGACUAAAAAAGAAGCACGCUCCUGGUCUUUUUUUUAAUGUUUUUGAAGUGUCACAACCGAAAAGACCCGAUAGCUUUCACAUAAGGGCGUGUGGGUUUCGGGGAGCAGCGGCUCGCUUUUUAAUCGUUGAAUGUUGGUAUUUUAGCCUAUUGCCAAUAUUUUAUAUUUUUUCCAUCACUUGGAUCCGGAGUAUCUGAUUGAGGAUGGGGUGUACCCUGAGCACGGAGGAUAAGGCGGCGGUGGAGCGCAGUAAAAUGAUCGACAGGAAUUUGCGGGACGACGGGGAAAAAGCCGCAAGAGAGGUCAAACUACUGCUCCUGGGUGCUGGUGAGUCGGGGAAAAGUACAAUAGUGAAGCAGAUGAAGAUCAUCCAUGAGGCAGGCUACUCAGAGGAGGAGUGUAAGCAGUACCGAGCUGUGGUCUACAGCAACACCAUCCAGUCCAUCAUCGCCAUCAUCAGAGCCAUGGGGCGACUUAAGAUCGACUUUGGGGACUCAGCCAGAGCCGAUGAUGCAAGACAGCUGUUUGUUCUGGCGGGGUCAGCAGAGGAAGGCUUCAUGACAGCGGAGCUGGCUGGGGUCAUCAAACGCCUGUGGAAGGACGGGGGGGUACAGGCCUGCUUCAGCCGCUCGCGAGAAUACCAGCUCAACGACUCCGCAGCAUAUUACUUAAAUGAUUUGGACAGGAUAUCCCUGGCCACCUAUAUCCCGACCCAGCAGGAUGUCCUGAGGACCAGAGUCAAAACCACAGGCAUUGUGGAGACGCACUUCACCUUCAAGGAGCUCCACUUUAAGAUGUUUGAUGUCGGCGGUCAGAGGUCUGAGAGGAAGAAGUGGAUCCACUGCUUUGAAGGCGUAACCGCCAUCAUCUUCUGUGUGGCGCUCAGCGACUACGACCUGGUGCUGGCUGAGGAUGAGGAGAUGAACCGGAUGCACGAGAGCAUGAAGCUUUUUGACUCCAUCUGCAACAACAAGUGGUUCACAGACACUUCCAUCAUCCUUUUUCUCAACAAGAAGGAUCUGUUUGAGGAGAAGAUCAAGAAGAGUCCUCUCACUAUUUGCUACCCAGAAUAUGCAGGCUCCAAUACAUAUGAGGAGGCGGCGGCCUACAUCCAGUGUCAGUUUGAGGAUCUGAACAAGAGGAAGGACACCAAGGAGAUCUACACCCACUUCACCUGCGCCACCGAUACCAAGAACGUGCAGUUUGUGUUCGACGCUGUCACCGACGUCAUCAUCAAGAACAACCUGAAGGACUGUGGACUCUUCUAAGACCAGGAUUGAACCGUUGGACGUUCUCUGGUGGUGUUUUUUUUUUAGCAGAGGAUCACAAGAAUCUAUGUGGGGAGAAAAAAUGAUGGACAAUUGUGUACAAUUUGCCACUCUCUAACUGAUUUAUUUAUAUUUUUUGUUUCUCCUGUUUUUUUAAGCCCUCUCUGGAAAAGGAAGCUUUUGGUGGAAAUAUUCAAUUUCUCCCUCCCAAUUGUUAGGAGAAAAUGAUUUGAAUUGAGUCCAGUUUGUUGGUGCUUGUGCCUUUGCAUUCUCUUUUUUUCUUUCUGCUUUUACAAAUUGCUUGUUUUUUUUCCUACUGAAAUCGUUCCAACUUAAAAAGUGAAACAUUUCCAAUGGUAUGUUAGAUGGUUCUUAUGUGCACAUUCCCUGGCCCGUUUAGAGGCGGAAUUUACCGUUGUCCGGCAUUGAGGGGUUUGUUUGGAUGGUAAACAACCCGUAGCUCCACUCAGUCGCUGUAGAUGCCGACACUUACUGACACGUGUUCCUUUAUCUGGAGAGGGAUGCAGAUUUUAACAUUACCCCUUAUACCGUUUCUAUCUAAUGGCAACGCUAGCUGCGUCAAGGAGUUUGCAUGCUCCGGAGUCAAUAGCUAUACUGUGUCAUAUUUUACUGUAUAUGUUAAGAUGUAUUUAAGGAGACUUGGGCGACAUGGUUUUUGUGAUCACUGCAAAGUCACAGUUGUAAAGUAGAAAUGGAUAGGGGCAAACAAAUGGUUAUGGUCUGUGACUUUCUAGAAACUACCACAGCUGUCUGUGCGUGUUCUCCAACGAAUGGGGCGACUUUGUAGACUCAUUCCCUUAUUUUGCUAAUAAAAAACAUUUACAAACUAUUCAGUGACCAAGUGCUGUUUUCAAGGGUCUUCUCAGUAGCAGUUUGUGAAAAUGGAGUCAACAAACAGGUACAUUUUUCCUUUGUCUUUCAAGUCAUGUAUUCAUCCUUAGUCAUCUUUAUUCCUAUUGGUUAUCAUCCUUAUUAUUUCAAGUUGAUGUCAGGCUCAUUUCACAUGCUGACUGGAUGCCAUGAUGAGUUAGACUGGGGGAAACCCCCAAAUUAUGCGUUAUGUUUUACUUCACUGAUUUUGACGCCUUCAUAGUAGACGCUGAUUCGCUUUGGAUUCCCAAUAGGGAAAUAAAGACACUGGGAAUUUGACCUGUUUGUUCAAAAUGAUUAACAGUGGAGAAAUUCAAGGAUUUCUUGACUGUUAAACCCAAACCCAUAGUUAAAAACUACAUUUUUGCACCUAAAUCAUAUGUAUGUGUAAUCAUGAAAACAUAAUUUGAUGGCUGUUUGACUCUCAACUUUAUAGAGUGCAGUGUUGCUACUGUAGCUACGUGUUGAAUUAUUAACAGCCUAUUGUCAUGUGCAUGAAUUGAAAGGUUGUGUCUGGUCAAUUUAAAUGGUGGCAGUUUCUUAACCAUAAUGUCAUGCAGUCCCUUUUGUCAAUGUUGGGGGGCAUAUGAGCGUCAUUUAGACUUGCUGAUAACACAUUUCUAUUGGUCAGAUGUUAUCCCGGAGACAUUAUUUGCAAUGUAAGUCUGACUAUUGUCAGCGACAGAAGUGUCUACUGUCCACUUCUGUGACAGGAUUAGAUCCCUUGAGGUAACCUAGGUGUGACUGGGGAUUAGGGAACCACUAUAGAGUCGGUGGACUAGCAUAGACAUGUUUUGGCUGUCAUUCAUCCCUCCAGCCCUGUCAAGCUUUAACUAUCCCCACACCUGCAGUGAUGUUUUUGGUAUUUUUCGUUUGAAUACUGUCCUAACUUGUGUUAUGUGUAACAUGACUAAAGCUCUAGAGAAAAGCAUUCAUCAGGAACGAUGAGUCUCACUUUACUACAACCCGUUUCCUAAAAAGUUGCGAGACUGUGUAAAAGGCUAAUAAAAACAGAAUGCAAUGGUGUGCACAACA